CACUACGUAGCGUCAGCAGGAAAACAGCACGCCGCUGGACUCUAGUUAGCUGGAACAGCAUGAGGGAGUAAUGAACGUCGAGUUUGUCCUUAGAGUUUGAUAUAGAUAUGGCUCCGACAGACCAGAGAGGGAAAAACAACAAAGCUCCAUUUAAAGAUGGCGAUUUUAGGAAAGAAAGAAAGGCGUUCGGUGGGGUAAACGAGAAGAAGAAGAAGAAGUGGACCCCACACAACAAAGUAUUUGAAGGCAGCGUUAAAGAAGGUCAAGGGUUUGCGUUUCAGAAGAAGCAGAAAGUCAAAUAUGAGUACAACAAACUGCUGCGACGGGAGCGCAAGAAGAAGCCGGAGGCCAAAGCGGUUUAUAGGGAGGAGUACCCGGAACACCUCAAGCAUCUCUACCUGGCGGAGGCCGAGCAACUGCGAAACGAAGCGGCGGCAAACAGAAUGAACAGGAGGAAACUGAGGCUCCAGGGGCAGCCGAAGGAUGAGGAUGAAGAUGAAAAGGAUGCGGGUGUUGCUGAUGGAAACUUCACCGAAGGGUCUGAGAAGCUGGGUUCUGUUUCUGGGAACCCUGAACCAACAACAACAACGUCAGAGACAGAAAGUUUGCCAAUGAGCAACCGCAUGCGAAAGAAAUUGCAAAAGAAGACAUCUUACCAGAAGACGAAGGAGAAAUUUGAGGAAAUCCAGGAAAAGCGAAGACAGAAGAAAGAGGAGUACCUGAAGAACAAGCAGCAGAGAGAAGAAGCCAUUCAGAGGUACAAGCAAAAAAAAAUCGAGACGUUCCGGUUGCUGAGCAAAAAGACUAAGAAAGGACAGCCGAACUUGAACGUGCAAAUAGAGUAUUUACUUCAGAAGAUCCAAGGAACUGAUAAAUGACUUCUCUGCUUGGGUGACCCGACUGCCGACCAUUUCAACCCGGAAGCAGAGUUGGGAUUUUUCCCUCUUUUUGUCUGAAGGGACAAUUUUUUUCAGCUGUAAUUGAGGAAUACUUUUACAUCUUUGCAGGAAGCCAAGACUGCCAAACCACAGCUUAUUGUAGUGUCAAACCACAAGAUGGCACUCUUGGGUGUGGUUAGAUGUAGUGUUGUAUUUUAUUUUAUUUUUAACAAUUUUCCUGUAUAAAAUAAAAUGAAGAAAAAA